UGAACCUUCGUCGCCAGUUGAAUGACAAAAUUAAGAAAGUUGCUGCGAGUUGCUGUUGUUUAAUACCUCUCUAUAAAAAGAGGCGAAAAGCUGUCUUCAAUCAUCAUUCAUCAUCCUGCUGUUGGAACCAGAAGAAAACAAGAAAAAGGUUAAUCAUGAAGAUAACCUAUCUUGUCAUCGCUCUUGGAUUGCUUUGCACUUUUGCUUACGCUCAAGCGAAACUUGAAGAUGGGGUUAUGAAAGAAUCCGAUGAAAAAACCGCCCCAGUGGAAACUGUCGAGGAAGAAUUUGUAGAAAAUGAUGAUGAAAAUCCAGAAGAAGAAAAUGAUGGUGAAAAUCCAGAAGAAGAAAAUGAUGAUGAAAAUCCAGAAGAAGAAAAUGAUGAUGAAAAUCCAGAAGAAGAAAUUGAUGAUGAAAAUCCAGAAGAAGAAAGUGAUGAUGAAACUGACCCCGAACAUGACUUAGAACAAAGUGAUGAUCGUGAACUCACAGAGAGCAUUAAUGAUGUGAAAGCUGAUCCAAGUGUAGAAAAACGCACGCCUUUUUGGUGGUGGCAUCGACGUCGUCGCCAUCAUCAUCAUAAACGUCGUCGCCAUCAUCAUCAUAGACGUCGUCGCCAUCAUCAUCAUAGACGUCGUCGCCAUCAUAAGCGUCGUCAUUGGGGCUAAUAUGGCAAAAACCCGUAAGGAUCCUGUGGAAUGUGUAGCGAUGAAUAAGAAACAUUCAUUUGAUUCUAGACGUACUUUAAAUUGGCAUUGUUGUAUGAUUUGCCUGUAGAAAAUAGAUGUUUGCAUUGAUCAUUGA